GAAAGUGUCGUGAACGCGCUGCCGCCCAUCGGAGUCACUCCGUCGGCUGGAGUCGGAGGUACGGACGCUGGGGGUGUGCUUGUGGAGGUCUGGGUAAAGACCAGCCACUAAAAGCUAUAGAACAGCACAAAUUAUUCUCUCCAAAUAAAAGAAACCCAGAGUCCAUGAGUGGGCAUCGGUCAACAAGGAAACGAUGUGGAGACUCGCGCGCGGAGUCCCCUGUGGGCUUCGGGCACGUGAGUACUCCGGGGUGUGUGUUGAACAAAUUGUUCCAGUUACCUACACCGCCUCUGUCAAGACACCAGCUGAAGCGGCUAGAAGAGCACAGAUACCAGAGCGCUGGGCGGUCCCUGCUUGAGCCCGUGAUGCAGCGAUACUGGGAAUGGCUAGUUGCAAGGGUUCCCUCCUGGAUCGCCCCAAACCUCAUCACCAUCAUCGGGUUGUCAAUAAACAUCUGCACAACAGUCUUACUAGUCUUCUACUGCCCCACAGCCACAGAGCAGGCACCUCUGUGGGCAUACAUCGCCUGUGCAUGUGGCCUUUUCAUUUACCAGUCUUUGGAUGCUAUAGACGGGAAACAGGCCAGAAGAACCAAUAGCAGCACCCCUCUGGGCGAACUUUUUGAUCAUGGUUGUGAUUCACUGUCAACAGUGUUUGUGGUUCUUGGAACUUGUAUUGCAGUGCAACUGGGGACAAACCCUGAUUGGAUGUUUUUCUGUUGUUUUGCUGGGACAUUCAUGUUCUAUUGUGCACACUGGCAAACAUAUGUUUCGGGAACAUUGCGAUUUGGAAUAAUUGAUGUGACUGAAGUGCAAAUCUUCAUAAUAAUCAUGCAUUUGCUGGCAGUGAUUGGAGGACCACCUUUUUGGCAAUCUAUGAUUCCAGUGCUGAAUAUUCAAGUGAAAAUCUUUCCUGCACUUUGUACUGUGGCAGGGACCAUAUUUUCCUGUACCAAUUACUUCCGUGUCAUCUUCACGGGUGGUGUUGGGAAAAAUGGAUCGACAAUAGCGGGAACAAGCGUGCUGUCUCCCUUUCUGCACAUUGGCUCCGUGAUCACACUGGCGGUGAUGAUCUACAAGAAGUCAGCGGUCCAGCUUUUUGAAAAGCACCCCUGCCUUUAUAUACUGACGUUUGGUUUUGUAUCUGCUAAAAUCACCAAUAAGCUUGUGGUGGCUCACAUGACCAAAAGUGAAAUGCAUUUGCACGACACGGCAUUCAUAGGCCCUGCACUUUUGUUUCUGGACCAGUAUUUCAACAGCUUUAUCGAUGAAUAUAUUGUACUUUGGAUUGCCCUGGUCUUCUCUUUCUUUGAUUUGAUCCGCUACUGUGUCAGUGUCUGCAACCAGAUCGCCUCUCACCUGCACAUACACGUCUUCAGAAUCAAGGUCUCUACAGUCCAUUCGAAUCAUCACUAGUGACGGAGUCAGUGUUAUAUAGGAGACUCAUGUUUUCUGCAGGAAAGAAUCUGAACAUAAUGAGAGUGGGGUGGACAAGAACAAAUAUAAUUUAUAAUAAUCAAUGUUGUGUAACUUUUAUUCUUUGUUACUGGUAACACCCCUUAAUGAUCCUGCGUGAGAAUGGGAAUUUCAUGUCCUGUCAUGUAAAUUGUACAAGUUGGUACACAGGGUUUAGCCCAAGAAAGCAUGUGCGAACGAAUGCCACGUGUUUGUAACUAGCCUGGACUCAGAAUAAAAUUGUCAUGGGGGGCCGAUUCCCAGCUGUGAUUUCUUACGUAGAAUGUAUGCAGGCCACAAGACGGUUGCUUUAUAAUUUUAACAAAUCAUCAUCUUUUAGUGACAUCUUUGAUUUGUGUCUUCUCAAGCUUUCUUUACUAAGGAGCUCACCUCAUGGCACAGCUGUACCCCACUGGCUGGUGAGGGGAGCUAGGGAUAAACACCUCAAAUUUGGAAGGAAAGGUGUCCUGUCUUUACACAUUGAGGAAGCCGUUUUUUUAUUGCUCAAGAAAUGGUGUCUCAUGGGCUGGGGAGCCCUGUCAGCAUGUGGAAUAAUGUACCUUUGUCGAUCCAUUUUAUUUUUUUUAAUAAAUAUAUGAUCUGAAAAGCCAGCGUUUUUCUCAGUUUUAUUCCCUGGAAAGAUAAACUACGUUUUAAUAUCAUUUUUCAAACUCGAAGCAAAGUUUAUUUCUGUUCUUUAAUAAAUAAGAAAAUUUGGUCA